AUGAGCUACUCGGGGGUAUACUACGGCGGAUUGGCGUUCCCCACGCCUUGCUGUCACUUUGGUGAUCACAAUCCUCGUCACGGGGUCGCGCAAGCGGCCGAUAAGAGCCACCAUCGCAGAUGGAUGAUCUCAUCGGGGGGAUACUACGACGAGUUGGCGUUCCCCACGCCUGAUGGUUACUUCGGUGGCUACACUCUACGUCGAUGGGCCGCGCAAGCGGCACACGAGGCCGACCAUCGUGGAUGGACCGCCUUUAAAGGGAUUUUAAAGCCAGGUGGUUAG